AUGAAGACCUUAAUGAACCCCGUCGUCGCUUCGCUUGGGCUGGCCAUAGCCCGCGGCGUCGCGCAUGCUGCUCCGUCCGUGUACGCCUCCAACCAUACCGCCGGUCCUGAGCUGAAGCACUGGCCGGCAGAGGCAGCGAAGGCGCUUAACACCAUGAUCGCGGCCAACGCCAACCAGAGCAAUUACGCCGUCUUCGACAUGGACAACACCAGCUGGCACUACGACAUCGAGGAGUCCAUGCUGCCGUUUCUCGAGAACAAGAAGGUCAUCUCUCGUGAUACCAUGGACCCGUCCUUGAAGCUCAUUCCCUUCAAGGACACCGCAAACUACACCGAGUCGCUAUACAGCUACUACAACCGUCUGUGCGACAUCGACAUCGUACUUUGCUAUCCGUGGGCAGCUCAGAUCUUCAGUGGCAUCCCUCUGAUCGAGCUCAAGGGCUACGUGGACGAGCUUAUGGCGCUUAACCACACCAUCAGCACCACCUACUAUGAGGGCGAUGUCGUGACCCACGAUGAGAUUAACCCUCCAAGACCGUUUCCCGGUCAACAGGAGCUCUACAACAAAUUGAUGGCGAACGGCAUCGAUGUGUACAUCAUCAGUGCCUCCUCUGAGGAGCUGGUCCGCAUGGUUGCAUCCGAUCCCAGGUACGGCUACAACGUCAAGCCCGAAAACGUCAUUGGUGUCACUCUUGUCAUGAAGAACCAGACCUCAGGCGAGCUCACCACCUCGCGUCAACAGAUCCAGGACGGAACUUACGACCAAGAGGCCAACCUCGGACUUGUCAUGACACCUUACCUGUGGACUCCCGCUGUAUGGAUGCAGGGCAAGUGGGCGGCAAUUCUCACCUACAUUGACGAGUGGAAGAAGCCUGUUUUGGCCGGUGGCGAUACUCCCAUCAGCGACGGUCCCAUGAUCUUCCACGGCGUUGAUGUUGCCAAGGGUGGUAUUCACCUCUGGAUCAACCGGAAGGACAGUUACAUGGAGCAGAUGAACGAGAUGAUCAAGAAUAACACUGCCGCCCAGAAGAGGGAGGGUCUUCCUGUCACUGCAGACAAGAACUGGGUUAUCGUCACUCCUGAGGACAUCGAGUAA